AUGGCGGAUGUGAUCGGAACAUAUAAAGCGGAAGAGCUUCUCGACUAUUUACGUAUGCGAUUUUGGAAAAUAGAAUCAGAAGUAACAAUAAAUGAAGAGGUUUUACAGAAUCAUACCAUAUGUUGCUCCGGAAUGCUACGACGACGACGACCACAACAAACUGGAGGUGGUGACGGUGGAAACGGUAAUAUUAACGGAAAUAAUAACGAGCCGACAUAUCAAAAUACGUGUACAGGCAACAGUCCUACCAUCGCUCAAAAACCCUAUUCAUCCGCGAAUCUAUUUGUACCUACGGGCACAACUACGCAAAAUAUGAAUGAUAUUCUUCCGACUUUCCCUCCUCCUACGAGAGAAAGAAAUUACUUUAUUCAGACAAUUUCCUCACAAAUCGAUGCUGGAAACAAUCCACCAGCAUCAGUAAAUACAAAUGCAGUCGUUUAUCAAGCCGUUCAGCAAACUGCUCAGCAAACUGUUCAGCAAACUAUUGGAACUGAGAGUAAAGAUAAUGGCUCGAAUUCUCAGACAAAAAUACAAAAUGCAGUGCCUACAAAAACAAUUACUGAGAAUAAUUCGAAUUCUAUUAGACCUUCAUCUAAUUCCGUCACCUAUAUAAAAUAUUUGACAUCCACUUUGCAAACUUCCUUCACAACAUUAAUUACAACCACUUUGGAUAAUUCUUCCAUAAAAAUAAUUACCUCCGUUGUGCCUACAUCUAAAGUAGUAGUUAUUCCAACAAAUAGUAUUCCAUCUAAUAAUGCUGCUCCUUCUUCAAGCUCUGAUUCAUUUCGGCUCAUUGAUACGAUUCUUAAAAGGAUAACAAUGACUUUGACUUUCUCUUUUGGCUUAAGUUUAAUUUUUAUUCGAUGA